GAAGCGAUGACACUGCUGGAACCCAUGGUCCAAGACCCCAUCAACUAUGUCCGGCAAGGAGCUCUCAUUGCUUCCGCCCUCAUCUUGGUCCAACAGAAUGAAGUCACAUGCCCCAAGGUGACCCAUUUCCGGCAGCUGUAUGCGAAAGUGAUCAGUGACAAGCAUGAAGAUGUCAUGGCUAAGUUUGGUGCCAUCUUGGCCCAAGGAAUAAUUGAUGCAGGAGGCCGCAAUGCAACUGUCUCCCUGCAGUCCCGCACAGGACACACCAACAUGGAGGCCGUGGUUGGUCUGCUGGUGUUCUGCCAGUACUGGUUCUGGUAUCCUCUCACUCACUUCCUGUCUCUCUCCUUCACACCCAACUGUGUGGUAGGACUCAACUCAGACCUCAAGAUGCCCAAGAUUGAGUUCAAGUCCAAUGCCAAGCCAUCAACAUUUGCCUACCCACCUCCCCUAGAGGAGAAGAGCACCAAGACCAAGGAGAAGGUGGAGACUGCCGUUCUCAGCAUCACAGCCAAGCAGAAGAAGAAGGAUGCAGAGAAACAGAAGGAUGAAAAGAUGGAAGUUGAUGAAGAAAAGAAAGAUGAAGGCAAGGAGAAAGAUGUGGAAAUGAAGGAAGAGAAGCCAGAAGCAAAGAAGAAGGAGGCUGACAAGAAAGAUGAUAAGAAGGAUGAAAAGAAGGAAGAGAAGAAGGAAGAGGUGAAGGAAGAGAAAGAGGAGAAGAAGGAGAAGGAACCCGAGCCAACCUUUGAGUUGAUGGCUAACCCCGCCCGUGUCAUGAAGUCCCAGCUGAAAGUGCUGUCGAUGGGAGAGGAGAUCCGUUAUACACCAGUGAAAGAUCUGACAAUCGGAGGCAUUGUUAUGAUGAAGAAUACCAAGCCAGGAGAAGAUGAAGAAAUUGUGGAGACAGUAGCAGCUGGAGGACCAAAGAUUGAGGAAGAGGAGGAGCCUGAACCCCCAGAGCCCUUUGAGUGGACCGAGGACUAGAGUCCCUCUACUGCCCAGCAGUCACAUCGGACCAGAUGAUCAAGGUGUCAUCUGAGUCUGUAUUGGGAGCCUCAACUUAUCUGUUUCAGUCUUUUACUAAAUAGUCCAUGUUAUGAUGUAUUAUGUGAAAAUGUACCUUCUAUUCUGCUGUGGAUGAUUGUCUUUAGAAUUGUCAGAAUUCUGUUACUGAACUUUUUAAGUCAAUGAGGAAAUGGACUGACUCAAACCUGGUCGUUUAGCAAUUCAACAUUUUCUGCAUAUCAAGAGUUAAUCCAGAAUAUGUGCAAGGCAUUUGUAAGAGAUCACUGUGGAGGAGAAGAAGAUGUUUCAACAACUGUAUCAAAAUGCUAAUAAUUCCAUUAAGUAUUCCAUUUUGUAUGUUCUUGUCAUUUUUAUUGUAUUUAACUGAGAAGCUUUUGUGGUAUUUUAUUGAAAUUGUUAUGUCAGCAUCAGAGUACUGUAUGUCAAUAUUAAAACUAGGAAUAUUGAAUAAAAACUGAAUACAUACUU